GACGUACCUUCUGCUCUGGCCCAGAGGACACUGUGGGAGGAGGGGCAGCAAGAAAGAGCCCAAGGUCCAGCAUAAUCCCCCCCGCCAUGGGCCCUCGUGUGUCCACCGGCCCUUUAAAAGGGAGGGGUCUGGUUUUCAGGAGCCAGAGAAGCGCUGGGCCAGGGGAAGCGAGAUGGCAGAGGCCGUGUCCCUGCCCACAGGCUUUGGGGAGCUGGAGGUGCUGGCUGUAGGGGUGGUGCUGCUGGUGGAAGCCCCUACCUCCCUUUCAGCUCUCGCCGGCCUCAGCCUCAAUAGCCUGACCAUCUUCUCCUUCUGCACGAGCCCGGAGCUCCGGACCCCGAGCCACCUGCUGGUGCUGAGCCUGGCUCUGGCGGACAGCGGGGUCAGCCUGAACGCCCUCACCGCAGCUACGGCCAGCCUCCUCCGGCGCUGGCCCUAUGGCUCAGGUGGCUGCCAGGCUCACGGCUUCCAGGGCUUCGCAGCCGCUCUGGCCAGCAUCUGCGGCAGCGCGGCCGUUGCCUGGGGGCGCUACCAUCACUACUGCACCCGCAGCCGAUUGGCAUGGCGCAUGGCCGCCUCCUUGGUGCUCUUCGUGUGGCUGUCUUCGGCCUUCUGGGCAGCACUGCCCCUCCUGGGUUGGGGCCACUAUGACUACGAGCCCCUGGGGACCUGCUGCAGUCUGGGCUACGCCAGGGGGAGCAGAAACUUCACCAGCUUCCUCUUCCUCAUGGCCUUUUUCAACUUCCUCCUGCCCCUCUUCAUCACAUUCACAUCCUAUCGGCUCAUGGAACAGAAACUCGGGAGGACCAGCCCCCCCCAGGUGAAUACCACUCUGCCAGCCAGGACGCUGCUGCUCGGCUGGGGCCCCUACGCCCUCCUGCAUCUCUGUGCAGCCCUCACGGGCACGGCCCUCAUCCCCCCCAGGCUACAGGUGGUGCCCGCUCUCAUUGCCAAAAUGGUGCCCACAGUCAAUGCUGUGAACUACGCCCUGGGCAGUGGAAUCUGGCAGCGCCUGUCCCUGCAGUGAAGUGGGUGGGACUCAGCCCAGGGAGCCACUCGGGUUCUGUGCUGACCAGGGCUGACCAGGACCCCCCCUCCCCCGCACCCCCUCCCACCGCCUGGACAGAGCCAGGGCUGGGUGCUGCCUGUGGGUCCUAACCAGCAGCCCCAGAGCCAAACUCCAGACAUGCAUCCUUCAGCCCUAAUGGCCAUGAGCCCAGCCCUGGGCCAGACACUGUAGGGAGAGGCUCUAGGGUCAAGCCUUGGGCUGACCUAUGGCAGGUCAAGUCCCUUAAACAAGUCCCAGCCUGGAGGGCAGAGCUCUCCUAGCAUAAUUAAGCCUGACCUUG